AUGCCAUUUGGAAUGAUAAACUUCAGUGCGACCCUGAUGAGAGCAAUGAGGAUUCUGCUAGAAGGCAUGGAGAACGUUGAGCACGUCGACGACAUCCUAAUCCAUAACAUUACCUGGGAAGAGCACUUGGGGACGCUCCAAGAACUACUUCGAAGGAUGUCUGGGGCUGGACUGACUGCUCGUCUUUCAAAGACCGUAAUCAGCGCCCACGUAAUCGAUUUUGCAAGCUACAGAGUUGGUCACGGUGUUACCAGUCUGCUAGAAGAGAACCUAACAGAGAAGAUAGAGGUGAGUAGCUUUACUCAUGAAAGUGAAACUGACAAGCAAAGUAAAAGCAAGAGGGGGUAUUCUUUGGGAGCAAGAACAGCCAAACGAUUUCCAGAUGUGAACAAAACGAAGGGCUUUCCUGGUCCUGGUUCAUAUCAACACAAAACGACACUAAGCAUAGCUGGGCCUUUGGCCAAACCAUUUGGAGGAGCAGCAGUUCGGUUUCCAGAAAUAUCUACGGAAGCAAAUCGAUCUCCAGGACCUGGUACAUAUGAACAUGAUGUAGAAAGGCACCGCAAAGUUAAAUUUGUGGGCUCGUUUGGAGGUCCACAAAUGCUGAAAUGGAAAAAUGACAUCCCUAAGAAGAAUGCAGUGGAUACGAUUUUUGGAACAAGACAAUCAAAGAUUGUCACUGAGCAAGACACGAAGAAACAGUUAUACAGAGAAGCUUAUCUUAGUCUCUACUGGAGCUGAAAGCUCACACACAGUGGAUACCUUGCAGCUGCAGCAUGUCAAAAUUAAAUCUAUAGCAAUCUUAUCUGUUAAAAGUUUAUUAACUUUAUUGUGCAGUGUAGAGGUUCCAUGUCUGUUCAUUAAACUGGUACUGCAAAUCUUACAAAUGUACAAAAGGAAAUGGUUGUUUGUGUAAUUCAUAGCUAUUCUGGAAAGAUGUCAUUUUCCAACUGUA